GACCGGAUGUUUCUUCGUCGUUCUAAAGUCGUCUUUACUUCACGGCUCCGCUUUCGGUGCAGCGGAAUCUGCCGACUUUUUAGGGCAGACGUUUAGACGGAGAUGUCGACCACCACAAGCCGCGCGCGCCCCCUUCUCACGCCCCCACCCAUUGACUCUCGGUGCUUCUCAUCACAUCUCCUCCCCCUUUGCCUUUUACUCUCUCAUUCCCUCUCUGUGUUUCUGCACAUCUCUUUCUUAACCAGUUGAACCUCCGACGCGUAUGGAUCUAAAUGGUUCAAACCCGGCUUUUCCCGAGGAGGAGACGGCAGAGGCAGACGCCUGACAGAGGAUGGGGUUCAGCCGUCUGCAGGUUCCAGCUGUUGCGUGAAGAUUUGGCGUGAUUGGGAUCUCUCCCCAUAUGAAGACAUAUCCAACCAGGACAAAAUCACACGGACAAGCAAGCACAGGACGAGCACAUACCUGUACAUCCAGAUGGAGUCUGUAAUCCACGGUUCUAAAUUGGAAAAUCAGGCUGAUUAAAGGAUGCCUUUUACCGCCACUCCAAAGCAUCAUGGAAGAUUAAGCUACCAAGAUGUAAAACUUCAUUCAGGAUUUGAAAAGAUCAACAUACCUGCUUCCACUCCAUUAUUUGACAUGAAGGACUGAAGCGGUUGGCAUCAUUAAACAGUAUGGCGGUUUGUAACAGCAGUGUGUUGGAGGUUUGCAUAGCCCAUCCGUCAAACACAUCCAGGCUUUCAGCAGUUGGAUUUAUAAUGAUGCCCAUCACAUUAAGGAUAUCUGUUGCAGUAAUCAUGAUAUUUAUGAUUGCUGUUGGUUUCUUAGGCAAUGCCAUUGUCUGCCUCAUUGUUUACCAGAAACCAGCGAUGCGAUCUGCCAUUAAUUUGCUCUUGGCUACGCUGGCCUUCUCAGACAUUAUGCUUUCAGUUUUGUGUAUGCCUUUCACAGCUGUUACCAUCAUCACUGUCGACUGGCAUUUUGGAUUUUAUUUCUGUCGGAUAUCAGCUAUGCUUUAUUGGUUUUUUGUUCUGGAAGGAGUUUCCAUACUUCUGAUCAUCAGUGUGGAUCGCUUUCUAAUUAUCGUUCAGAGACAAGACAAGCUCAACCCACAACGUGCCAAAAUUAUGAUCACUGCUUCCUGGCUCAUCUCCUUUUGUAUGUCUUUUCCAUCUGUGGUCGGUUGGACUGUGGUGGAAGUUCCAGCCCGGGCGCCCCAGUGUGUUUUGGGAUACACUGAGUCGCUUGCUCAUCGUGCUUAUGCCGUAUUUCUUGUGGUUGCCGUUUUCUUUAUCCCAUUCACUGUCAUGUUGUAUUCAUAUCUUUGUAUCCUUAACACGGUACGCCACAAUGCAGUUAGAAUUCACAACCAUGCUGACAGCUUAUGCCUAAACCAAGUCAAUAAGCUCGGUCUCAUGGGCCUGCAGCGACCCCAUCAGAUGAAUGUAGACGUAAGCUUCAAGACCAGAGCCUUCACCACAAUUCUGAUCCUCUUCAUUGGAUUCUCCGUGUGCUGGCUGCCACACACUGUUGUGAGUUUGCUCUCUGUCUUCAGUCACAGUUUUUACUAUAGCUCCUCUUUCUAUAUUGUUAGUACUUGUGUGCUCUGGCUGAGUUACCUGAAGACUGUCUUCAACCCCAUUAUAUAUUGCUGGAGAAUUAAAAAAUUUAGACAGGCCUGCCUGGAAUUCAUGCCCAAAACUUUCAAGAUCCUUCCCAUAGUGCCUGGGAGAGCCAGAAGAAGAGUACGCCCAAGUACGAUAUACGUUUGUAAUGAGCACCAGUCUGCUGUGUAAUGUAUAGUGGGAUACGCACAGUCAAAGAAGCAAAGAAAAAAAAUGAGUAAACUGGAUAUGAACAUGUAACUCAAGAUUUUCAAAUGAAUAUGUUCAUUUUUUAAUUUUGAAAUGAAUGAAUGUACUAUUUUGUAAAUAUUUUCUGUUGUUGAUUCUCAUUUUUUCCCACAUGAGCAUGAGUAAAACAAACGGUAUUGCUUUUCUAUUUCCAGCUAAAAUUGUGUGAAAUUCUUCACAC